UUGUCACGCGCAUCAGUGGCGACGUGGAACCAGCUCAAACUGUCACUGUAAAACUCACUUUACUGGAUAUUUACCUCACUAAUUACUACUUAUUUACUUUAAUUCACUUGGACACACGUAGACGCCGGUCACACGUGUUAUUAGUGACUUCUCUAAGCAGCUGUCACGUCUGACAUUCGUCAGGUAAGUUACACUAGCCGUUUAGACUGCUAGCAUGUUAGCAUGGAAGCUAACGGGUUUAUAAUGGAAGUCUCCGUUCACUCGCGUCUGCAGGCUAGUUUGUGCUAAGCGUUGAGUUACCUGGACACGUAUUAACGUCUUAAUUAGGCAGCUGUAUAACGAGAUGUAGUGAUGUAGAAUAAAUUUAGAAGUGUGUAGUAAUAAUUAUAUUUUAAAUGGACAUAAAAAACUGCGAAAAGAGUCUUUUGAUAGGUCUCUUGGUGGUUGUUAGCUGAUCAAAGCUCAGGAUGUCAAAGUAAAUACAGAAACUCUGAUGGAUGGAGAUCAUAUUUGAUCCUAGAGCUGGAAAGCAGUGUUUUAAUUCCCAUUUUUUAGUCCAUACUAAAUGUGUUUGUAAUUAUAAUUAAUCUUUUUAUAUAGUGCAUAUUGCCAAUACAGUGUUUAUUAUGUAGAGCAUAUGUCUAUAGAUAGAUAUAUGAAUACAUAUUUCCUUGAUGGGAUUAAUAAUAGCCAUAUUUAUGUCUAAACUCAGUAAGACCAUAUUCAUUCCAGAAUUCCCAAAGCCCUGCAGGUGUCUGUUGUAUCCUGUAGCGUUUGAUUGCAUUGCUCAAUGAUUGAUUUCAUUCUCAGAGGUUACAGUAACAUACAGUAAUGACAGUUUAUUCCACCAAACUGGGUCUGUGACAGGGUAAGUUCAGUGGCAUGUUUGCAUUAUGUUAGUAAAGGGUGUUUGUGUGUGUGUGCUUAACAAAGGUGUGUGUGUUUGUUUAUAGGCCACUGUGUCUACUUUUAACACUGGUUAAUGUGUAUUGUGUGAUCGAUGAUGUUGAAACUUGCUUAUUGGUAUAGUUUGAUGUCUUGACAGUAGUUUGACAGUCUGUUUGGAGGUUUGCAAAGUGAUACAGGAGCAAAAAAAUAAAUAAAAAUCUUGAAGUUUUUUUUAGUGUCUGAUUAAGAAUAUGGUAUUUCUUAAUGAAUGCUUUUGCUUAUUUUUUUAUUCCUCCUUAACUCUUGUGCGUCAAUAAAACAAAGUUACUCAGGUCCUUAGAGGACAAACAUGUCAGCAUCAAAAAACUGCCAUAAUAAUAUUAUAUAUUAAUAUAGCAGUGCUUUAUAAUGCAGCAAACAGAAAAUAGGAAAAAAGCAUGUAUUUGCUCCAUUGGCUAAACAUGAGAAAAAUGGCGCCAUCUGGUGGAAAAUAUAAAAAAUGUAAAUUUUGAAGCCAGGGCUCCGGAAUAAAAGCAUAAUAUUAUAGAAUUCAUGAUUUUACGCUUUAAUGACCUUUAAUGGGUUUCAAUGGGGACAUUUUUGUCCUGAAGGUCCUGAGUGUAACUAUUUUGUGUACAUAGUGUAUUAUAGAUGUAUUAUAGGAACUGAGGUUGAAAUAUCAAAAUUCCCCCAAAAAUACACACUUGGCAAAAUUUAUGCUGUUGGCAUUAACAGCCAAAAUGAUCGAAAAAAUAAAUAAAUGAAAAAGACAAAAAUGUCCCGAAGGUCGCACAAGGGUUAAAUCACUGCAAAACAUCUCAUUAGUCAAUUCAAACUUAAAAAAACUUUCUAGACGUCCAAGCACUGUGGAUGUCUAGAAAGUAAAGUCAUGUUAAAACAUUUUUCACACUUUUGCUAGUUUAUUUAGCCUCAUUUUUCUACUAACAAUGUCCAACAGUGUCUGUACAUGCAUCACAGGAGAUUUUUGUCAUUUUUGUCAAAUUCUGUAUUUUGUUUAAUAAUAAUAUGUGCUGGAAAUGACUUUAAAUGUUUUUCUUGCAAAGGCUAAUUUCAUAGAAAAGACUUUAUAUAACCUCAAAUACACACAAUUAAAUCAUUGUGUAACACUUUUUAUAUAAUUUGGCAAAAUUACAGCUUGAUUGGAAAUGAUGGCCAUUAAAAAUAUUCUGCUCACAAGUGAUAUUUCCCUUGAUUUUUCUUUGUUUUUUCUCAUAUAUCAUCUCAAGCAUGCUCUUCACUGACACUUUUGUCCACUAACGUUUGAAAAAACUUUGUUAGGGGCAAAAUUGUUUCUUGUGGAGGAAAUUACAUCAGUUAAAAACCUCAAAGUUGAAGAAACGCCUAAUAUAUAUAUAUAUAUAUAUAUAUAUAUAUAUAAUUGUAAUUAGUUAAAGUUAGGGCACUACAGCAUCAUCUCACUGCAAAAUUACAUGUCGCAUGAUCCAGGGUUUUGACGGGCAGGAGAUGAGGCUGUGAGCAAGUCUCUGGUGGUUUCCAGGGGCGAUGGGUGCCAACACCAGUCAUGUGAGCGACCUAUCAGAGAGCCCGAGCAUCCGCACUCUCAUUGGUCCAGAUGCCGUCUCUGAGAAUGAUCCCUUCUGGAACCAGCUGAUCUCCUUCACCUUCACCAGCCCCACCAGCAGUGCUGAUGAUAAACUCUUGGAGGAAGCUGUUGUUCCUCUGGCCAAAACUCUCAUUCAGAACAACCCAAGGUCGGGUAACUUUGGGGCGUUGGUGAGAGUUUUUCUCAGCAGAACCAAAGAACUGAAGAUUUCCACAGAAUGCCAAGAUCAGUUGUUUAUCUGGCAGGCCCAUAAUGCUUUAUUCUUGGUGCGCUGUCUACUGAAGGUUCUCAUCAGAGAAAUGAAUGAGGAAGAGCUGCACUUACAGUUCACCUACCAGGAGAGGGCGCCAGGCACCUACGAGUCCAGCUGUGAAGAUCUUUUGGAGGAGUUGGUCUGUCAUUUGGUGCAUCUCAUCGUUGAAGUGCCCCUUCUGGACAUCACCUACAACAUCCUGUUUGAAGCAGUGACCACACUACUGGUGCUGUUGUCCUAUCAGCUCUUUCACAAGGAGAUUCUGAGAGAUGGGCUUAUUUACAGCUACCUGACCAGAGGACGAUGUCUGUCUCUGACAAGUCGUCUGGUGAAGACUCUUCUGUAUAACUUCAUCAGACAGGAGAAAUGUCCUCCUGCUACACAUGUGUUCCAGACGCAGUCAGAUGGCGGAGGACUUCUGUACGGACUCGCAUCAGGAGUUGCAAGUGGAUUAUGGAGUGUGUUCACAUUGGGUGGAGUCGGCAGCAGACCAGGGGCGGAGCAAGAGCAGAAUCCUCUCCCGCUGUCCAAUCAGAGUCUGUUAUUACUGUUGGUUCUGGCCAAUCUGACAGACGGACUGGACUGUCCAAACCCGUACCGCCAGGCUGUUACCUGCUUCAAAAACACGCAAGAUUCGUCAUCUGUUCCGUCUCCUCAGCUGCAUACAUUUCAGAUCAACUUUAACAGUCUGUACACGGCGCUGUGUGAACAGCAGAAAUCAGAUCAGGUGACUUUACUGCUGUACACACUCCUGCACCAGAACACCAACAUGAGGACAUAUAUACUGUCCCGGACAGACACUGAGAACCUGGUUUUGCCGAUUCUAGAGAUCUUGUAUCAUGUAGAGGAGAGGAACUCUCAUCAUGUGUACAUGGCCCUCAUCAUCCUCCUCAUCCUCACAGAAGACGACGCAUUCAACCGCUCCAUACAUGAAGUGAUGUUGAAGAACAUCUCAUGGUACACUGAACGUGUUCUAACAGAGAUUUCUCUGGGCAGUCUGUUGAUCCUGGUUGUGAUUCGAACCAUCCAGUUUAACAUGACGAGGACCAGGGAUAAAUACCUGCACACAAACUGCCUGGCGGCCCUUGCCAACAUGUCAUCCCAGUUUCGCAACCUACAUCAGUAUGCUGCUCAGCGAAUUAUAAGCUUGUUUGCUCUGCUGUCAAAGAAGCACAAUAAGGUCUUGGAGCAGGCGACGCAGUCCUUGCAUGGGCCUGUGGGAGCAGAAGAUGGGACCGUCCUGCCCGACUAUGCUCAGGAUCUUAACGUAAUUGAGGAGGUGAUCAGAAUGAUGCUGGAGAUCAUUAACUCGUGUUUGAGUAACUCGCUUCAUCACAACCCAAACCUGCUGUACGCUCUGCUGUAUAAACGAGAGCUCUUCGAGCAGUUCCGAUCGCACCCUUCAUUCCAGGACAUCAUGCAGAACCUCGACACGGUGAUCGGCUUCUUCAGUCAGCGACUAGAGCAGGCAGGAAGUGACCUAUCAGUGGAGAGAGUUCAAGAGGUCAUCAUGAAAGGUGCUGUGGCCCUCCCGAAAGACCGCCUUAAGAAAUUCCCAGAGCUAAAGUUUAAAUACGUUGAGGAAGAGCAGCCGGAGGAUUUCUUCAUCCCAUACGUCUGGUCUCUGGUUUUCAACUCUGGAGUCGGACUUUACUGGAACUCUCAGGGCAUCGAGCUGUUCAGCAUGGACUCACCCUAGAUUCGGUUUGAACCGCGUGUAAGGACAGAGGACGAAUCACCAUGAAUGAACUUCAGGUGUCUUGAGUGUGCGUCUGAGCAUGUGCGGGUGUAUCUAAUUGCACCCCGGUCGUUUUUGGAUGUUUUUUCUCGCAGGUCGGAUGCUGAAGUGCCUCCAUCAUCAAACAUUUCAGUUCCUAAUGCGUCGUCAUAUGAGACUUCCGGGCAUCGGUUCUCGUCACGCGAUUCAAAGGGCACAUCGAGAAACAGCCUCUGCUCAGCUAACACACACUGAUGCCCCAAUUGCUGCAUUGAAUUCUAGGAAUGGUACAAAUUGAGCUUUUGUUCACGGAUUUAAUGUUUGUUUGUGUUUGUUGUUGGUGAUGGGGUCAUGGAGCACAACCAAGACCGUUUUUUUUUUUUCAAUCGUUUAGACUAAGUUAACAUGAAUAAUUUUUGGAUUGCUUUUCUUACGUUUUUAUUAAAGAAAAUUAAUUUUUAUGCGCAGCUUAAUCACAUAUCAGUCAACUAUAUAGUGAUGCAGUAUGUUAUAAAUACAUAUUUUUUGGGUUGUUUUAUAGGACGCUUUGCUAUUUUAAAUUAUUUUAUUUAUUAGCACAAUAUUUCGUUUGUUGACCCCAAAUUCAAAAAUGAGCAUCACCACAAAGAAAAACCAAAAUGUUUUUUUUAAUUUUUUUUUUUUUAUAACCAUUUCUUGCAUUUGCUGUUUAUAUUUCCCAGUUUGGAAUUAAAUAUUCAGAUUAGGUGGUUUACUAAUUUAUAUGAAUAAUAAUACAUAUUUACAUACUUAAAUGUGAGAAAAUAAGCAGCUUUGAUAUGUAAAUUCAGUCUAGUGUGUGAUUUAUGUAUAUUAUCCAUUGGGAGAAUUGCAUGUACAUUAUUGUAUAGACAAAUGCAAUAUAUUACAAUAUUAUUAGAGACCACAAUUUUUUAUUAAUUUGUUUUCGGCCAUUUUUGGGUACAGCAGUAAUACCUGUGUUACAACUUGUUGCAUAUAUAAUUAAUAGCGUAUAGGGUAGAUAUUACUGAUUACAAAAUGCCCUGUGUUACUUUAGAUGAUUUUUAUGUCCCUGUUACACAGCACAAACUCAAAGAGCCCAUGUUUUUCAUUUCCUCAUUUUGUCUUUCAGUUUGUUUGUUUUGUUAUGAGGUAAAACUCCACAGGUAUCCAUCCAUAGGAACAGAAUUUGUAUUGCAGUGAUUGUUAUCACUUUACAAUAAGGUUGUAUUUAUUAACACAUGUUAAUGCAUAAUCAUGAACUAACAAUCAAUAAUAUUUUAUACAGCAUUUAUUAAUCUUGGUUAAUUGUUAAUUUGCAAUUAGUAAUGUAAAAAAUUAAAAAUAAUCAUGUUUAUUAAUAUGUUAGUUUAAGAAAAUUUGUGUUACAUCAUAAUGCAUGAACUAAUCUGAACAUGCACAAUGCUUCAUUUUAAAAUAUGUUGUAGGAUAUGUUUAAAUGAACUUUAACCAAGAUUAAUAAAUCCCUGUAGAAGUAUUGUUCAUGUUAACUAAAGUGCUUAACGUUGUUAACAAAUACAACCUUAUUGCAAAGUGUUACCGUUUUCUUUUUGUGUUUCAUAUUUAAUAUUGAGUAGUUUCAUUCUUUAACAUUUUUGUUUGAUUUUUACAUGAACAGAAAGCAUUUUUAUGUAAUAAGAAAUACUAUAUGAAAACCGUUGAUUGGUAAAAAUGUGAUGGUGCGCUUUUUUUUUUUUUUCAUGCUGUCUGGUUUCAUUGCUAUAACUGACGAAAACAGAUCUGGGACCUGAUUCCCGAAAAUCUUCUUAAGGAAAAAAAUUACGAAAAUUCGUACGUUUGUACGAACGUUCUUAAGUGCAAUUCGUUAAGAACAUUCUUAAGAAAUCAUUUUGUGAAUACAAAAUAUUCGUAACUAUUUUCUUAAGCUAGGAAAUAAGAAAAUAGUCACGAAUUUUAUUCUUAAGAAUGUUUCAUAAAUUUGACCCCUGGACUUCAGGAUGGAUUUCAGAUCAAACAGUAAUUCCACAUGACUACAAUUACUCUGAAUGAAGAUUUGAAUUACCAGCAGUGUUGAUUUGAUCAGAUCUGAAUCUGUUGCUUUGAGGAAAUCUCUAUUUUGCUUCUGUUAGAUUCCCUCGCUAUAGUGUGAACUACCACCAAUAAAUACACAAAAUCCCAGCCACAA